AUGCAAAACGAGGAGGAGCCAGCUGCUAGCGGAGCUUCGGGGCUUAGCAAUGUGGAAUCCUUGCGUAGUCCACCAGCCCCGGCUGCCCGACGACCCAAGCCGGGAAUCCUGCGACUGGACAUCGGCAAACCGCGACGCUCAUCAGGUGGCUCCGUCGAUUUCCGCUGCGUGGGCAGCAGCAGCAGCAAUGGGAACACCAGCAACGUGGCCACUGGCGGCAACAGUGAGAACAACUCGGGAGUCACUUCGCCACAUCAACUUUCUGUGACCUGGGCACCGCCAUGCGACUUGGAUAGAGGUGGCUGGCAAAUGCAGAGCAGCGCCGAUGCCAAGAGGGAAUUCUACAAAGGACAACGGGGCAGGAGAACUGCGUCGCAGGAGGACCACAGAUCCUACGAACUGAACGAUUUCCCAUUGCAAAACCAGAGCAGCGACGCCGAGAGCUGCCACCAGGAACCCCACUUCGCCCACCAGCGUCCUCCAGGAAUCGGAUUCGACGAGGAUGGUGGCGGUGGCGACAUUGACGAUGAGGAGAGCUACACAAUUUCCGUAUCGGCAAUAAUGCAGAGACGUGCCAGUGUGCGCGGCUAUCGGGGAAAACGCGGCAGCCGGAGUUCGAGACGUGCAUCCAGUCCCAUGGAUCAGGUCCUGGACAGUGUGGAGCGGCGACGCUCCAGUGUCUAUACGACAAGUUCAGAGGAGGGCACCAAUCAGGAGUCCACGCAAGAGCAAAUCUUUGAGAACAUCCGCCUGCACAAGGAGGUCAUACAGUCGGUGAAGCUACAGCCAUGGCACAUCCGCAAGAAGCUCAAGCUGGUGCGGCAGGCCAAAACAUAUGUGGCACGCCACGAGGGCGCGCUCCAGGAGCGCUUCGCCAUGUCACGCAGCACCAGGGACUUGUGGGCGAGGUUUAAAAUUUUAAUGGCGGCACGAUGGCGACACUGGAAGCGGGAGACGGCCAGCUUCCUCACCGUCCUCAUUCCAUGGGAGCUGCGCAUCAAGGAAAUCGAAUCGCACUUCGGCUCCGGCGUGGCCUCCUACUUUACAUUCCUGCGAUGGCUUAUGUGGGUCAACAUCAUGAUUGCCAUUCCGCUGGUCGCCUUCGUCAUUGGCCCCGAGUACUUUGCCACAAAGCACGGAGAAACGGAUCCCCGGAAAAGGAUGUCCGACCCGGAGGCUCGGGUGGCCGGCAAUCUUUUCACGUUCUGGGAGUUCGAGGGAUACCUGAAAUAUUCACCUAUGUUUUAUGGAUACUAUUCAAGCACAUCCGGCAUCAGCACGUCCGGAUAUAAGCUUCCCCUAGCCUAUUUCCUUACCGCCGUUCUGGUCUACAUAUACAGCUUUAACAAAUUAUGGCUAAAUUUCCUCUUUCGAUCGAAAUCCUUCGACAGAAUGGCGGAAAACUCGCGCAACUCGAAACUUUCCUCGAAGGACGACGAGUGCGUGUUCUCGUGGAAGCUCUUCACCGGCUGGGACUUUAUGAUUGGACACGCGGAAACGGCCCACAAUCGCAUCGCAUCCGUAGUCGUGGGCUUCAAGGAGGCACUGCUGGAGGAGGCGGAGAAGAAGAAGGAUAAUCGCAACUGGCGCGUCAUUCUCCAGAGGAUACUGGUCAAUAUCCUGGUGAUGGGGCUGCUGGGCUUGUCGGGAGCCACGGUGGUGCUGCUGGUUAAUCACUCUGAGGAUUUGGCCAAGCAUGACAACUGGCUAAGUCGCAAUGCGGUGAACGUGACCAUGACCCUGCUCUCCUUCUUCCUGCCCAUGAUAUUCGAGGCACUGGGUCUGUUCGAGAACUGGCAUCCCAGGCAGCAGCUGCGUUUGCAAUUGGCUCGCAUUAUGAUCCUGAACAUGUUGAAUUUGUACUCGCUGAUGUUCUCCUUCAUCUACAAGAUCAACAGCAAGGAGAAGCCGCUGCAGAUGCUGAAAUUGGAGAACGAAACAAACACCAUGGAGCUGAAGAAUCUACUUAGUUCGAUUGAGGCUCUGAGGGCCAUGACCCCCACGACUUCGCUAUACGGAGAAAGUACUUCGGAUGGCCUGUUCGAUGACUCCACCUCCACUGCAAGCUGGGGUGAGGAUGCUGGUGGCCUCUUUUCGACCACAGCGGCUGCCGCCCUAAUCUCCACCACCGUGCAGCGUCUCAAGUGCUAUAACAUGACUGUGAAAUGCUCAAAGCUGCGGCGCAACAUCAUCAGUGGCAAGAACUUGGCCACCACUUUGAUGGUUCUCAACCUGACAACACCAGCCAUGGUGCCACCAACCUUACCAACCACUUUUCCUACUACACUACCUACUACAUUGCCUACAUUAGCCACCACAACACCGACUACUUCCAGUAUUUGGACAACCACAGAGCCACCAUCUCCGAAGACAACAACGACAUCACCUUGGACAACUUUACCGCCCUCGACAACAACCACUGAGGCAACCACCCCGACUGAAGGAGCCACUACAACCACAGAAGCAACCACCACAACCACACUAAAGAUCGCCAAUGCCGAAAUCAAUACUACAAUAUCAGAUACUACAAAAGCCCCCACAAAUAUAUCAUCUUCUACACCUCUUAAUACUGAAAUUCCAAACUCAACCACAAAUUUUUCGACUUUGAGCACUUUGAUGAAUACCACUAGUUUACCACUAAGCAGCACCAGCAAACUAACUACAACCACAACCACGGAGAAACCACAGCGAGAGGAGGACCUAAUCUACACCACCGGAGAUGAUGAGGGCUCCUACGAUUAUGACAGCGAUUCCACAUCAAAUGCUCCGGAUAAUGACUACUCCGAUAUAACGGAUUACUCCUCGGAGCCGUCGGAUAUCGAAGACUUCGAUGAACAGGAAAGCACUGAUCAGGCUGACGAUCCACUGGCCAAAGUUUUGGAGCAACUCGAUGAACAUGAGACGAAAAGCCGCAGGAAAAGGGCAUUGGCCGAGUCACCAUUCUACAGCAGCAAGUACAGCAGGCGGCACCGUAAUGAUUCCGCGGGAGGAACCACUGAAUCGGGCAAUGCCACACCCAGUCGAUGGCCCUUUAAUUGGGCAUCCUUCAGACAAACCACACCGAGAACCACCACAACAAAAAGAGUUCCUAGUGAAAUUCUAACCAAGGAGGAGUGGGAAAGACUCAGGCGUCUUAGGAGCAGGAGUACCACAACUUCAAGUACGUCCAGCACCAGCACCAGCACCACAACCACCACCACCACCACCACCACCACAACUACAAGAAGGCCCAGGUGGAGAUAUCCAACCACGACUACUGAACCUACCAGCACCACCGAGGAGGAAGCCUCUACAACGGAGAGUUCCACUGAGUCAUCGAGUCCAGAGAGCACCACCAAGGCCUUCGAAAGCAGUGGUAGCACCACCGCAGAAGACGAGAUCACCACCACAGAGGCAUCGGAGAAUAGACCCUACUACGUGGGCUAUGUGGACAUAGCGGAAAUGGGGAGUACCAUCUACUACGAUGGAGACAGCGAGUUCCUGGAGGAGUGUGUGAUUACCAUUUGCCCCAAGGGCGAUGACAUCUUCGGCAGCACCACCGAGAGUCCGGAUAGCACCACCCAGAGCGGCGACUCCAGGCAGCUAACCACCGUGAAGCUCACUCCGCUGGAGCGGAAGCAGAAGCGACUGAAGGAAGUGCAGCUGGCGAUUAAGCAAAUACAAACCAAUCUGACAACCAUGUGCUGGGAGACCUCCUUGGGCCAGGAGCUCUCCAAAGUCAUUGUGUUCGACGGGCUUAUGUCCAUUGUGGCGCCGCUGUGCAUCGACUUUCUGCGCGCCCUCUUCGUCCGGUAUGUCAAUCAAAACUGGUGCUGGGACAUGGAGAAGACCUUUCCCCAGUACGGUGACUUCAAGAUAGCCGAGAACAUCCUGACGUUGAUUAAUAACCAGGGCCAAGUGUGGAUGGGCAUCUUCUUCUCGCCGGGCCUGGUGCUCAUCAACCUGGUCAAAUUGAUGAUCAUGAUGUACUUCCGCUCGUGGAUUGUGCUCACCUGCAAUGUGCCGCACGAGGUGGUGUUCAAGGCCUCCAAAUCGAACAACUUCUACCUGUCGCUGCUGUUGACUAUGCUGUUCCUUUGUGUCCUGCCCGUGGGCUAUGCGAUAGUGUGGCUGCGCCCCUCCUGGCAUUGCGGACCCUUCUCGGAGUACAACAGGAUAGCUGAGUUCAUUACCAACACCACGAGGAAUGCUCUGCCAAAACAACUCCACGAACCCCUGGACUAUCUGACCUCCUCGAGCACUGUGAUUCCACUGCUCCUGCUGCUUAUCCUCAUUAUAUACUACCUGGUUUCGCUGACUGGUGCGCUCCGCGAAGCCAACCAGGACUUGCGCACCCAACUCCAAAAGGAACGCGAGGAGGAGCGCAAGAAGAUCUUCAAGGUGCCGGAGGUCAAGCAGGCGGAACCAACGGCCACCACGCUGACAAAUCGCUGGCGCAAAGUCCUCGAGGCCAGCUCUCCGGUUACACCCACCCAACCACCCGAUUUCGAUACGGAGGAGUACAAAAAUCAAGCCCGGAAAGAGCUAAUCUCACGCAUCAUGAAGAAGGCGUUGCGCAAGGGGUCCGCCACAUCGGAAGAGGAUUCGUUUGUGCGGCGCGAUGACGAUGACACGGACACCGAGCACCAGGAUUCCCUGCCCCACGACGAGGAGGCCAAGGACAAGCGUUUCGGCCUGUCGCGAUUGCAGCAAAUCCGGCGUACCCGCAAACCAUCGCUGGUGGACAUCGUGCAGAUUGCCAAGCAGGAGCGGGCACGAGCGGGAUCCAUUGUGGCCGGAACCAGCGCUUCUGGAACUGGCAAUUUUCCCGUAAAGGAGACCCAUCCAAAGAGCCGCUUCAAAGUGGAGAAACAUGAGCGCAAGGAUAGGGCAUGCAGCAUGAAGGACAAAAAGGACACCAGGCACAGGCAGCCACAGCAGCAGCCGCCGCCCUAUGAAUCGCCCAAGGACAACGAACAUGAUCCGGAUACAAAUUCAAGGAUUGUCAGCGAACGCCGCGCCAGUUUGCUGCGGCGCCACAAGGAGCAGGCUGAGGGGGAGGAAUCGCCCACCACCCCAGAAGCACCACAAACACCCAGCUCGCCAGCAGAGCCAGUGGAACAGGCGCCCGAGGAAUCCACACCAGAAACUCCCACGCUGGCCAAAAGCAAAUUCCACAUAGUUGAUGAAAAAAAGCCGCCGCAGGAGGUGGAAGAUAAACCCUUGCCGACAACCAAGGAGAGUGGCGGCGGAAGUUUGGGCAAGUUCAAGUUCCGUAAGCACAAGUUCAAGUCAAAUAAUGUGGCUGCCGCCAAGCCGGAGCCCGAGGUGUUCAAAUUCGACGAGCGGAGUGUGGAAAGGAGCUCGGAUGUGCCAGCAACUCACGUCGCGGAGCACCUGAACAGCGAGCUGUCCGGCACUGAGGAGCAGGACAGGAGUCUGCCCUCACCCACUCCCAGCCAGGGUCAGGGUCACCACCAGCGGCAAUUGUCCGUGCUUUCCCGACAAGGUCGCAAGAAGAUCGGCAACCUGUUGGCCCUGGUUCGGGAGGCCGUCAAUCUCAAAAAGGACGACGUGGAGCAGGCGGGCUCGGAUGAGUCGCCGGGUCCCACGACGCCCACCUAUCUGGCGUACACACCGCCGCCACCUCCAUCAGUAUUGUCCAGCAUGUCCAGUUCGACGGCCUUGGAAAUGCCACCUACUCCGGAGCCGGAAUCUCCCACGCCCAGUGCACCACUGCACUUUGGCAGCAGCACGUCCUCGCGUCCGCCUAUUAAGCCACCCAAGCCUCCAGUGGUUCCUGCAUCCACCACCGCUCCAACGGCCACCAUGGAUGACCUGGAGGAACUGGACACAGCCGGUCCCAUUACGUUUCCCAAACGCAGCGAUUCCCAUCGCCGUCGCACUAUGAGACAGGAUUCACAGAGCUCCAUCUGGUCGGAUAAUAUACCCACAAUUACUAUAAGCACCACCGGCAGCGAUGAGUGCAUCGUGGACGCUGCUGCUCCACAAAACGGACUUCCCGAGCCGCAGAGUGCUUCCCCGGAGCCCACGGUCAACAUUAUAAAGAUUGACAUUGAGGAUGAGCAGGAGAAAUGAUGUACCUACCGAAGAAGUGCCUUGAACACCAGAUUGUCUUCUUGAAUAAACAUAUUAGCAUUCUUCCUACUCCACUUACUGUUUAGCUUGAAUCUUGUUCUUCAGAAUAUAAAAAUAAAU